CGGGCCGACAAAAAAAAUUGUCCACUAGCAGUUGCUGGAUUCUGGAAGCCGUUAGAAGGGAAAGAAGCAGCCGAGCUGCCGAUCUGAACCGCUUCUGCAGCCUUUUUUUCUUUCCUCUCUCUCUCUCUCUCUAUCUAUUUCUCUCCACAUCCAACCUCGUUCGUGAUAGCAUCAAUCGCACUCCAUCCUUCACAAUGUCUACCGUCCGCUCCAUCCGUGCUCUCGCUCCCCUCCUGGACCGCGUGCUGGUCCAGCGCGUCAAGGCCGAGACCAAGACCGCCAGCGGCAUCUUCCUGCCCGAGUCCAGCGUCGAGAAGCUCAACGAGGCCAAGGUCCUUGCUGUUGGACCCGGCGGCCUGGACCGUGAUGGCAAGCGUAUCGCCAUGAGCGUUGCUGUUGGCGACCGAGUGCUGAUUCCCCAGUUCGGUGGCUCUCCCAUCAAGUCUGGCGACGAAGAGUACCACCUGUUCCGUGACAGCGAAAUCCUUGCCAAGAUCAACGAGUAAAAAAGCAGAGAGCAAAAUCAAAGCAUAAUAAAAGCGAUAAAAUACCCGACGUCAUGACGAGUGUACUAUAAUUUGUACCAUAUG